AUGAAGCGCUCCGCUCUUGUCGUGGCCUUCAUGGGCCUCGUGCUCCCCACCGCCACGUCGGCCUCGCGCCAUAUCGUCCGGCAAGCGGACAGCAAGGGCGGCGACCCUAUCGACGACAGCAAGACCAAGGUUUGCUACCCCGUUGUCACGAGCGGUACUAUCCCUCCCUGCAUCGAGAUUGCCACCAUCGAGUCUGCUUGUCAGCCCAAUGGGACCGACGCCGCCGACUACCAGGCACACGCGCAGUGCAUGUGCAAGGGCAGCUUCUUUGCCGACUGGAAGGGCUGCCAGAACUGCCUUCGCGUUCACGGCCUCCGUAGCGAGCGCGACAACAAUUACUGGAAUGGCGUCAUCUCCGUUGCCUCUAACGCUCUCUGCUCUGGCACCCCAACGGCCGUCUUCAGUGACUUGUUCGCGUCGGCGGGAUCCAACACGGAGGCGGCACCACUGGCCACCUCUGGUGACACCAAGAGUUCGGAUCAGUUUCCCGGGAAGACGGAGGUCGGUCUCUACUACACGGCAACGGCCCCGCAGGGUCCAGGCCCAAUCACUGGUGCUGCCGCCACGGCCACUGAGCAAGCAACGGCCAUGGACACCGCAGCCCCGGAGUCAGGCUCGGUUGUCACGUCGGGUGCGUCUGUCACUAGCAGCGCAGGCGGCAACCGGACAGCAUUCACGCAGCCCGGUAGCUCGUCGACUGCGUCUGCACCACUAAGCGCACCGACCGCUGCUGCUCCCCGCGACGGUUUGGCAUCUGGGCUGGCGGCGGCGGCGGCAGCAGCAGCAGUGCUGAUGAUGGCGUUUUGA